AUGAUAGCAAACUCCUUGGACCACGUAGGUUAUGCACCUACAGACCAACCAGCCCUGAAAAGGGCAAAAACUGACUAUUUGGUGCAACAGAAGCGACAGCGCACCUAUCCGUCACCAUCAAGAACCAUUUCCAUACUUUCUAUCGCUAAUAAGCAACAUCCAUUGAAUGUGAAACCUAGUGGAAACACAUUUAUUGCCAUUGAUCCGGAAAUCUUAUCCAAAAGCCAACAACUACUAGGUGAUUUAAACAGGUUUCCCGACAAUAUAAUACUUCACAUCAUCUCAUACAUUGAUGAUGUACCAAGCUUAUUGGCUUUAUCUCACACUUCACGUAUACUCUAUGCAUUAACAUCAGAUGAAGAGCACUGGAAACAGAUAUAUAUUGCCAAUAUAAUAAAAUAUGAUGAGUUAUCGUGGCUUGGAUCAUGGAAAAACUCAGUGUUGCGAAUACCUUUCGAGUACAAUGCAAAUCUACAAUUGCCUAACAAUUUACUUUGUUGUGAUGAGAUUUACCGACCUUAUCAAUGUUCACAAGUUGAUUACAAGCAUAUUUUUCGAAAAAUUAUUCAAGAAGAAGAAAUGUAUCAUCAAGAUUCUUUGAAUGGAGAGUUGGGUAAAUUGCCAAGGGGAAGAAUUCAACGAUUGAAUGAAGUUGAUUUAAAUAUUGAUGAGUUUAACCUACUGUAUCAUGAUACACCAUUUAUUUUGACAAACCUGGAUUCUUCCAGAUGGCCCCAUUGGACAUUUGAAUCACUUUUGCAACGGUUCCCUCAAGUUAAAUUCAGACAAGAAGCUGUCAAUUGGAAUUUGGAAAAGUAUUCACAAUACUUGAAAUGUAACCAUGACGAAAACCCACUAUACUUGUUCGAUUGUAAUAGCGAAGCCAUGAAGAUUUUGAAAAAAGAGUAUGUUCCACCUAGAAUAUUUCAACAAGACUACUUCACUGUAUUUGAUGAAGAGACAUCAGGAUUCAACUGUCGGCCCGAUCAUGCAUGGCUUAUCAUGGGAUCAGCGAGAUCAGGUUCCACUUUCCACAAGGAUCCCAAUUCAACUUCAGCUUGGAAUGUGGCAAUUCAAGGACGUAAAUUGUGGGUUAUGUUACCACCAGGUAUCCAACCACCGGGUGUAUCAACUGAUGAUGAAGAAAGUGAAGUUACAUCACCAGUGGGUAUUGCGGAAUGGGUGAUAUCUGGUUUCUACAACGAUAUAUUUAAAAUCAACAAUGGUGAUUCAGUACAAGUUGGUAUAACAUUCCCUGGUGAGUGUAUGUAUGUGCCAGCUGGGUGGUGGCAUCUAGUGAUAAACAUUGAUGAUUCAAUUGCAAUUACGCAAAAUUUUGUUCCUCAAUCGAAGUUAGCCCAUGUAUUGAAUUUUUUCAAAAACAAACCACAACAAAUCUCGGGAUUUAGAUUGAAGGGUGUUAAGACAUGUCUUGAAACAAUCUUAAAAGAUGCGAGAGAUGCAAAUGCGUCAAUAGACCCAGUAUUAAUUGAUUGUUCAGCCAAAUUUGAUAAAUUGGGCUCUCAAAUUGACGAUUUGGAUGAAGAUUGUGGAGAGUUGGCCAAUCUACCCAAACUUCCAAUAUAUGAGAUAUUUGUCCACCUUUUGAAUAGAAAAGGCCACCAGGAUUUGGUGGAGGAUGCUUUAGCAAAAGUGGGGAAAUGGGAGGAAAAAGUGUAUCAAGAGGAAACUGGAAGGAGUAGGAAGUGGGAGCAAUUAACUGAAGUAGGACAUAAAUUUGAUGGACUGAGAGAGAUUGGUUCUAGUGGUGGUGGCGGCUCAUUCACUUUUGGGUUUGACGAAAGUGAUAUUGAGUAA